AACAUUUCAUUCCUAACUUUAAUUAUCAAAUGAUAAAAUGUAAACAAAAAAAAUGUUAAAUUAUGUUCUUUACAGUAUUCUGUAAUAGUGUGAAUAUGAGAUAUAUAUUCCUGAUAUGGGAUUUAUCUAUCAAGUAAUACACUUAAUAUUUUAUGAAUACGAUUAGUACAUUCUAUUACUACGUUAAAUAUUUGUGACUUAUAAAACUAUCAUUAGUUUUGAGCUUUGGACUCUAAUAAUAUACGUAUAUAAUUUACAACGGCAAUUAUUUUUGUUGUAGUAUUUUUAUAUAAUUACAGUUAAGAUUAAUCGUAAAUAAGAAUUUUUAGUCCUACAGAACAUAAAGGAAGAUAAAAUAACAAAGGGAUUAUUUUGUAUAAAGUAAAUAUUUUAAUAAAAUUAAUAUGAAUCAAAAAAGAACAUCAAUAGAAGUGAAAUUCCCAGUACCGUGGGGUCAUAUUGCAGGCAAGAUCUAUGGAUCUCUGAAAGAAAAAAGAGUUCUAAUGGUGCAUGGUAUUUUAGACAAUGCUGGUACAUUUGACAGGUUAAUUGAACACCUUCCACAGAAAUACCAAUAUGUGAAUAUAGAUUUGCCAGGACACGGACUCUCAUCUCCAAUGCCACCUGGAAUGCCAUUGCAUUAUUUUGAUUAUGUCCAUUCGAUAUUGUUUGUUUUGGAUGCACUAAAAUGGCAAACCUGUAUAUAUAUUGGACACAGUUUUGGAGCUCAUAUUGCAUCAUAUUUCAGUAUUUUGUACCCUGGAAGACUUGAAAAAAUUGUAGCACUCGAUGGAUUUCUACCUUUUGUGGUUAAGGAUAUUGUUCCUUAUAUUCAAGAUGUAUAUAAUUUAAACGCUUAUACUAAAGAUUCUAAUAUACUUUAUACUAAAGAUGAAAUUAUGUAUGCUUUGCAAUUUAAAAGAUUUGAGACAUUAAGAAUGGAGGCUGCAGAAGCUUUAUUCAAACGUGCAGUCAUUAAGGUUGGUGAUUUGUACAAAUUUAAUCGUGAUACAAGAUUAAGACAUGUUGUUAGACCAUUUUUUACAAUGGAGCAACACAAGGAAAUUUUUAAAAAGUAUACAACUAAAACAUUAAUAAUUAUAGCGGAUAAUUCCGCACGAGUAAAUAUUUUGUUGCAAAUUGUAAAAACAUUACCAUCAAUUACUAACAAAACUGAUCUUUUUACUGUAAUUCAAGUCAGAGGAAAUCACGAUGUACAUAAUAAUUAUCCCGAGUGGGUAGCACCACAUAUAUGUAAAUUUCUAGAUGAUAAUUUACAAAGUAAAUUGUAAAUUAUUUAUUAUUUCUAUAAAAUAUAUAUAUUUUUAUAAAAUAAUUUUUAUUAUAUAACACUACAUAAAGGGGAUAUAUGAGAAUAUAAUUCAUAUUAAAU